AUGGCGAAUUUGCAACAAUUCGGAGGAAAUCAGAGCAGAACCAAUGGCCAAAGUAGUAACCAAAAUCCGCGCAAGUUUGUGAGGCUGAAGCAAUCCUCCCACACAUGGGGCCGUGGCGCCCCUCCUCCGUCCCUGAGACUUGCAGACGGGAAAAAAAAAAGUACAGAAACCGGCGUUCGACCCCGCGGCUCGGCGGGCGGCCUCGGCUCGAGCUGCAUCUCCGGGCGCGGAGCUACCUCCUCAGGUCGAGCUGGGUGGGAGCAGGCCCCGGCCCGGUCCAAGGGGCGAGCACGCGUCUCACUGCCUGCAGGGCCCUUACUCCAUCACAGCGCCUGGCGCGGAGGCAGCAGCGACAGCAAGGACGACAGCUCAGGCGUCAGCUUCCUCGAUCUAGUGCACGAAGCCGCAGCAGCGACGAAUGUUACUGAUGCGGCUGGCAGAGGCCGCCGCCACUCUCUCCAUAUCGGACGCGGGGCUCGAGCUGUGCCUCGCUCUCUGCCCCGGUGGUUACAGCCUCGCUGUUCCCUGAGGUGGCGAAGCGGGAAAGAAAGUCCCGCACCCGGUAGGGGAGGGCCGGGGAGGAAGUGCGCGGGCCGGCCGCGGCGGCGGCGGGAGGGGGCGGGGAGCAGGCCCGGCCGGGCCGCGACGGCGCCCCUCGCUCCUCAGUCGCUCACUUCGAGGUCACCAGGCGCAAGCGCCGCCCCUCACUGCCCGGCCAUCAUCUCCGCGCCGCACACACGGACACCGCCUCCGCCAAGCACGACGGUCGCCGCGGCCCACGGAGCCCGCCCGGCCACGGUUGAGGCGAACGCUCACACGGCCAGGCCCCGCCGCCGCCGCCCAGCGCACACAGCAGGCCCCGCUGCAGGCCCCUCCCCUCGUGCCUCGCUGCCCUCACCCGGACUCCACGAGCCACUCUAGCUCGGUAGAGCCCAGGUUUCUCGCACAAACUGCUUCCUCGGUGCCCGCCAAAGCUCAGACCCGACUAGGUCGCGUUAUGUCGCGCUCCUCUCGGACUCCAGCUCAGCCUCUCCGCACCCCGACUGACCACGACGUGAGGAAGUAGCCCCGCGCACCCACAAGUCCCGCCCUCGUGGCCUUUAUCCCGGAACGUGGCUUCUUGACCACCGAAAGGGUGGCAUCAGCGGUUCGCUCACACUCUCAGCCUGGAAAGCAGGCUUCUGGACCACCGAAAGGGUGGCAUCAGCGGUUCGCUCACACUCUCAGCCUGGAAAGCAGGCAGGCGUUCGGGUGGUGCUUGCUAGGUUAGGGCCGCGGCCUUAAGUCGGCCGCAACCUGAGGUCCGGAAGGCCCCGGCCGGCGCUCUGUGAGCUGUGGGGCCCGGCCCGACGCCUUCUCCCGCUAGUCCGACCCGGUCUCUUCACACGGUCUCAGGUCCUUGGAGUCAGGCGAAUGCAAGAGGCCCGGCCUUACAGAGGCGCCAAGGAGGACCCCACCGAGCUCCUCUAGGCGAGUCCAGUUUUAAAAAACGAACCCCCUUUUUUUUUUCUUUUAGCUCCGGUAACAGACCUAGCCCUUCUAUGUGAAUCAGUAUCUUAACCCAUCGUCCUGCCUUAGAACGAACCCAAAUCCUUUCCAGUAUUAUCUGUUUUUAAACAAGCUUUUGCCUGAUGGUUUUGCAGAAGUAAGGACUAUGAGACAAACGUCUAACUAACGUACUAUUUCUUACCUCUAGAUACAUCAAAGCUGUUCAGCAGAAUUUUUUGCGUACAGUAAAUGCUCUACAAGUUUACAAACUAACUUAUGACGUAUGUAAAAUCAUUUGCGGCACAAAUACAUGUUAGUUUUAGGGCCUUGUCGCUUAGAGUAGAAAUCAAUAGUUAAGAGAUUGAGGGAACCUGGACAAAUCUCUGAUGUAUAAUUUCUACUACAUUUGAGAACAGAUUUACUUUCUUUAAGGCCUAGCAUAUUAUCAGCACUUAAGUGUUAAGCCGUAAGGAUCUAACUUCCUAAUUUUGUUAAGCACCAAAGCAGAUAUUAAACAAAAUUGAGCAAAAUA